AUUGAAAUCAUAUCUCAGUCGUCAACAGACUGCAUUGAUAAGACGACAUAUGGCAGCAUCAUUACAGAAGGUGAAACUUGGUAGUAAAAAGAAGCUCCCGAACAUGGAGGUGAGAGUACAAAAGAAGGAGGGGAGAAAAACGAGGGGCUCCAGAAUGGUUACGACGACGAUCGAAAGGCAUUCACCCCCUUCCUCGUCCAAGGAGGAGUCCUUGGACGACAUUGUCGCUGACAAGCUGGGACAGCUAGCCCUUAACAUGGAGAGUAAUGAGAUUCAAGACGACGAGACUAAAUUGCCAAAUAAUGUCCUCUAUUACGCCUGGUUUUUCAGUAGCAAAGUUUCCCUUGCCCUGAAAGAGAUUGCAGAGCGUUAUUUCCAAGAGUGUCUCAAAGUGACCCAGUUUAAGGAAUUUAUAAACAACGCCUGCGAAGUUCAUGGAGUCAAAGACCCUGAGACAUUCUACAGACAUCCACGAGUAAAAUUCAAGUCGGCAGAAGAGUUUAUGUUUCAUGUUACGGCAAAGUUUCUCGGACGCGAGUCUCAUGUCGAGUAUUCCACACUUGCAGCACGGUUCACAGGGAAAAAGUUUCACAUAAACUUGGUCGGAUUGUUUUUUACGGAGAAAACAUUUGGAAUCCAGGUCGAGUUGACUCCUGGCCAGAGGAAACUCUUUGAUGAACGUGAUGGGGGGAGUGGUGUGACUCCCGUCUCAAUUACUACAAAUUCUAUUGCUGCUGCUGGUGACUAUUUUCUGAAAUCAACCUCUGUUCACCCUCCAACCCUAGCUACCACGGAACAUGAAGAAGAUGCCGUCCGCCUCUUGGACCAAGAGUUAGAAGAGACGAAUUCUAAAAGUUAUAUGUCGGUCAAGUCUGUUUCGGAACAGGGCGACAAUAAGACAUCCUCACAUCAUCUUCAUCGUGGACCACGCCUCUUAGACUUAGAAUGUGAUGAACUUAAAUUUGUACCUGUCGAGAAAGAAUGUCAUCGGUUCUCUAUCAAUUCCCGAGCACAUUGCACCAUUGGCUGUGCUCCAAAAGUCAAACCUAUGCAAACGGGGGUUGACCUUUUGGACAUACUCGACCUUGAGCGGAGAAGUAGUGACAAAUGCUCCAGCAGCACCAGUGUCUUCGUUCAUGACCAUCUAGUGGACGGAGGGACGUUGAGACAGUUUGGUCGCAAAGGGGACGCCUUUACUUUCUAUCCUUGUCACAAAGUCGUGGCGGUGGGGGUUUUUAAUCAUUUUAUUUGACACAUAAAACUAGGGAGGAUACUAAAUGAACAUACUUUCAAAAUAAUUGUUAAAAGAUGAAUAAAUUCAAUAAACUGGGGAUGGGUGAGAAGUUGAGGGGAUUUUUCUACUGCUGCUGCUGAGAGUGUUGACUCGCACUCUGCCCUGUUGUUGAUUUCGCUUCUGCUCGCUCCAAUUCUUCAGAAACCAAUUUUUUCAGCUGCGGAAAAACCUCAAACUUAAGUUUGUUCCGAUACUGAUAACACAAUAAACAAAUUAUUGCUAAAAAUUUGGCAUUCCUACGCCAACCUCUCAUCAUGACGUCUGUCUUUUACUAGUUUUGUGAAGUGACAAUCAACAAGGCCGGUGAUAGAGGGCAAACCAACUAAAAAUCAUGAUCGUGUUCUCAUUUUUUGAAAAGUCACCGUCACGGAAGGUGCUUAUUUUUUGGUCCGCAUUACUAUUAGUCCAAGUUAGUGCGGAGAACACUGGUUUGGAUGGUGGAGAGAAGAGAGGAGUGGAUGAGGGGUUGCCUAAGGACUUUAACUCAAAGAUAACCACAAAUCCAGCUUGUCAAGCAGACGUUGUAAGAAUUUGUGGAAAGACGCCGGAAAAUCUCCCAGAUCUGGAUGCACUCGAGUGUAUCCUUAAUCAAAAGAGAACCGCAAUUGAUGAAAUCUCGGACGCGUGCAAUAGUGCGUUGUGGCAUUACCGGAAAAAUAUAACCGAGGAGGCUGGGUUUCUUCAAUUGUCGGAUAGAAACUGUAUCGAGGACUUUAAAAAGACAGGUUGCUGGACGCCAAGUGGACGACGUCAACCUGGGUUUAACAUGGUCAACUGUAUCAUCGACAACAAGGAUAAAGUAGAGAAACAGCGAUGUCAAACUCUUGUCACGAGGCUUGAAGGGGUUAUCUUUGGAGAUUACGAGAUGAUUGGGAAGUUUGCCACGGAUUGUGAAGAUGAUAUUGUUAGACACAAAUGUGGGAGGAAUGAGUUAGACCAUGCUGCGCUAAAGAAGUUGCCACAUUCCCAGGGAAAAACUAUCGAGUGUUUGUCGGAUAAGAUCCAAGAUUUAAAUAAAGAAUGUCAACUCCAAAUCUUAAGAGUGGCAGAAUUGCAGAGUGACGAUUUCCAUUUGGACAGAGCAUUAUAUUUUGCAUGCAGAAGCGAUAGAGAAAGAUUUUGCUCUCGCGUCGAAGCUGGAAAUGGUCACGUAUACAAAUGUCUGCUUCGCCACAAGCUCGAGUCUGAGAUGAGCACGGACUGCAGAGACCAGAUCUACCGUCGUCAGAAACUAGGAUGGCAGGAUUACAAAGCAAGUGGAAUUGUUGGCUCAUGCCGAGAUGAAAUAAAAAAGUACAAGUGCCGACGUCGUGUGAGUUCGAGUGACAAGCCAGUCCGCCUCUCACAAAUCUUGCUCUGCCUGGAGAAUGAGUAUCACAAGGGACAAGACAUUGGAGGAGAUUGCUUGGAAGAGAUUAAGCAACAUCGAAAGUCGCUAAUGGAAGACUACAGAGUGACUCCGGAACUUCUCUCAGCCUGUAUGGAGGACAAGGACAAGUUUUGUGCUGAAAAAGGGAUUCACGGGAAAACGUUGCACUGUCUUAUGGCUCAUGCACAAAUGAGACAGGACGAGGAACGGCUAAGUGACAAAUGUCUCGUUGAGUUGGAGAAUUUAUUGAAGAUGUCGGAUGUUUCAAGUGAUUGGCAAGUGGACCCUGUGCUACAGCAAAACUGUCAACGAGUUGUAGACAGUAGUUCCUGCUCCAAAUACCAACCUAGUCGAGUUCUAGAUUGUCUCUUUAAUUUGCUCACAACCGAAUCUGGAGCGGAAGCCAACAUCAUGACGGAUGACUGCGAAACGACGCUCAUACAAAUCCAGUUCUUUAUGGCGCGCGACUUUACCAUGGACUCUCUGUUAUACGAGACUUGCGGAAAAGAUGCUGCGCGUGUAUGUGGAGCCAAGGCAGAUUGGUCCGACGACCCCAACAAUAUGGAUCCUGCUCGAGGCCCCAUAAUUCUGUCCUGUCUGUUCAGAAAUAUUGCUACUGAAGAUCCAUCCAAGAUGGUGAGCAAAAAAUGUGCUCAACAUGUUCGAGAAACAAUGCGUCAAAGGGCCUUGUCUGUCCAUCUCCUCCCUGAAAUUGAGGAAGCAUGCAUGGGUGACCUAGCGGAGCUUUGCAGUGAGAAGACUAAGGCAGGAGAAGAGUUACAAUGUCUGCAAACACAUCUGGAAGAUUUGGAGAAAGAAUGUCGUCAAGCGGUGUCAAACUUUACUGAGUUGGAAAUGAAGAACCCCACGGUGGACCCAUUCAUAUGGAGACAUUGUCGAGAAUACAUCGAGGGCAAGUGUGAUGGAGACAAGUCUGAGGAGGAUGACGUGUUGGACUGUCUCAUUGACUUGAAACCCGAAAUGAAGAACAAAAAGUGUAGAAUCAGUAUUGAGCACUUGCAACUUUUGAAGCUCAAAGAAAUUCGGUUCAGCCCGAAGUUCAAGUUGCAAUGUCAAUCAGACGUGAUUCGAUACUGUGGUGGGAAAGAUAUGCAGCCAUUGACGUCGUGGAAGGUUGUCAAUUGUCUAAGCAAAACUAUUCGGGAUGACAUUGUGACGGAGAACACACUUCGAGUUAGCAAGGGAUGCAGAAAGCAGGUUCGAAACCUCUUGUUAGCAAAACUUCAGUUGGAGACUGGGAUAUCUGAUGCUCAGUCCAUAUACAAAAUGUGCAGCAAGUACAUCAUGGACUUGUGCUCCAGCGUCACACCGGGAGGAGGCCACGUGCUCGAAUGUCUGAGAGAUAACUCUAUAAAAAUCCCUACAGAUUCUGACUGUCAUGAAGCGUUGUUUAGGGUGGAACAAGAAACGGAUGCAGAUUCCAAACUGGAUUUGGUGCUCAACUCGGAAUGUUCUUUGGAAAUGAAAUUAUUCUGUAACACUAAUCCGGACAAUAUGCUCAACUGUUUGAAACUCAGUAGUAAUAAGGAGGGAUUUAGUGUCAAGUGUGCCAGAAUUGUGCGAGAGCGAAUGAUUGAACAGAAUACAGAUUCCAGAUUGAACCCACGUCUGCACAAAUCCUGCAAGCUAGACAUGAAAAAGUUUUGUCCAUCCGUUGCUCCUGGCCAGGGGCGAAUUCUGGGAUGUCUCAAAAAUGUAUAUAUCAAUCCAAAGAACCGUUUGACUGACACUUGCAAAGCAUACAUUGAAGAAAUAUUGGAGCAUGCGGCAAAAGAGGAUGUCAAGUAUGAUGCUGACUUGUAUUCAUCCUGCACUAUUUACAUGAAGCAAUGCCAAUCAAAAUCAUCUAAUGACGAUGAGGCAGCACCAGACAAGGGCUACACUGAAGAAUGUCUCAAACAGUUAUACCACGAUGGCAAGAUAUUGGACAAAACGUGUAAAAACAAAAUUGCUGUACUAAUCCAGUCCACUAUGAUCGACAUUCACGUGGAUCCCACUCUCAAUCGGGCAUGUGCAGUCGACCUAGUUAGACAUUGUGAAGGAGUGCCACCAGGAGAAGGACGCCUUUUGAAAUGUCUCUUCGCCCAACUGAGUGAGGAGCAGAAGGGGACAGAAAAAACCUAUCUAAGUGAAAAGUGUAGAGAUAUGUUAUCCAAAAGAAGCGAAUUAUUUCACAUGGCGGACGAGUCAAAUCCCAUUGGCCGAAUGGAAUCUCUUGUAGACUUGGUUGAACAAGUUCAAAUUUCUCCUCAGCGUAAUUAUUUGUUGACGACGGGAAUGAGUGUCGUUGGUCUCAUUUUUAUUUUUGGCCUAUUCUGCGGAAGAGCGACCAGCAGACGGACGGCGGAAAAGAACAAGUAGCAGGGAAUCUACUACUCUUUUUAAGCCCAUGUGUGUCUUAUCCAAUUCAACGCCAUACAUCCGAAAUGAUCCGACCUUUACCUUACCUACCUACCAAUUAUCUACAUAUGUACCUAGGUUAUACAUACAUAUGCUAGGUUAUCUACACGCACAUAUAUUUACUUAGACAUAAUAUACAUAAUUGUUCCGCAUUGUUUGUGGGACAAGGAAAGAAGAAAAAACAAUCAUAGUCACACCCUGCUUUUAUCUGUCUGUUAAUAAUCAUACUAAUAAUAAUUAAUGAUAAAUCGUUUCCGUGAAAUUGGAUAAGAACAAAUAGUGAUAAAGAGAUUUGGGACUGAAGUCAAAUUGUUCAUAGAUAUAAAAUAAUUGAUGCGUAAUUUUUCACAACGUUUUUAUCCUGAUACAUACUGUUACACCCCAAUUUUUCUAUGUGCAUAACUCAAUGAAGCCUAUUUCCAGUGUCGUAAGUAUGUAAGCAUGUGAUACAGAUUUGGAUGUUGACGGUUUGCUGAACGUUGUUUCGACCUCGUGAACUUCUGAUGCAGCUGCUUUUUCCAGAACGAUCAUGAGUUCUAAUUCUUUAAUUAAUUAAAGCAGAUUUUACUUAUGUAUAUCCUACUGUUUGCCGAGUCAUCAUUAUUCUCAUUGGAUACAAACGCAAACCAUCUUAGGUAAUCGUAACUUAAUAUGUAAAUAUGUAUGAAAUGAUGAAUCUAAUCAAAUAUGGUUUUUAUUUAGCUAAUAAUUUAUCAAUAUGGCUUUGGUAAAUACAAUAUAUUUCUCUUGAAUAAAAAUCCAGUCUUUUAGUGUGUAAGA